AUGGUCCAGGGCGAAGACUCGACUCUCCUCCCAGAUCACAGCACUCUCCUCUUCAAUCUAUCAAAUCACCACACCGAUCUCCACCUAACAAUCACAACCCACUUGAUAGAGCCAACACCACCCACACGCAAACCCACCAUGACCGCCCCUUCCCCAAGCGGCAUGACCACGCAACCCAGCACAUUCGAAUGCUCAAUCUGCGACGACACCCACCACGACACCUCCAUCACCAUCAAAGGCGACGCCGUCUGCAAAGGCUGCUUCGACUCCGGCAUCAAACCCCAAUUCUUCGCCGCUCUCAAGGACGAAUCCCAAUACCCCGUCCGUUGGGGUGAUUCGGAACUCAACAUCUUCGAUUUCGCUCCGUUCUUUCCCAAGAUCUUUCUCGAGGCUUGGCUAGAGAGGACGCGGCUGUAUGCCGUCCUGCCUGGCGAGAGAAUUCACUGCGCUGGAAAGGAUGGAGAAAUCAAGCAGUCCGACACCUGUGGCCGCUUCCUCGGCCUCAAGUCCGCGCGUCCGGCUGGCAGGAAGUGUGAUGUUUGUGACGCGAGGACUUGUACCUGCUGCGGCGGUCUCAUCGAGGGAGCGUUGAAGGAGCACGAGUGUAAGGACCCGAUUGAUGAGGCGGAGACGCUCAAGGAGCUCAAUCGAGGCACUGAUUAUCAGAAGUGCCCAGGCUGCGGUGGAGUCGUGCAGCUGCAAGAUGGAUGCAAUCAUCUCGUCUGUUCGAUCCCCGCGUGCCGGACGCAUUUCUGCUAUAUCUGUGGCGAGGAAGCGGAUGCGGCGUCGCAUCAUUGGGAUUCAGGCAAGCCGUGUCCGAAGUAUAAUCAGCCUGGCGCUGCUAAUGCUUUAUUCAACGACGACCCAGCCAUGUUCGACCUCCUGCCCGCAAACCUCUUCCCAGUCGAUCCCGCUCGCCGAGAAGCCAUCAACAUCCUCCGCGACCGCAGCCAACAAGACCUCCUCCCCACCGCAAUCCAACCCGACGACUCCCCCGAGCUCAUCCUCCGCAAACUCGACCGCCGCGAGCUCGACCGCAUCGCCCACGAAGCGAACCGCCUCGAGGACGAACACGACGAAGGGCAUUUCAACGAACCUUUCCCAUUCAGGUUCGACGCGGUCGCCGAUCUCGCGGAGAUGCUCAGCAGCCUUGUGGAGCUGUACACCAUUCGCUCCGAGACGAAUCAGACUGUCAGGCAGAUUGUGUUCAAUGCGGGCGAUACGUUGCAGGAGGAUUUGGAGGAUAUGGUGGAGGAUGUUGGGGAGGUGGGGUUUGGGAGGUUUCCGACGCUCAGGAGGAUUGUUGAUAGCUAUCAGCUUGCGGUGAGGGGGGAGUUUGAGGAGCUGAGACGCCAGACGCGAGAUUGA